UCCGAGAGCAUCACACAGAAACAUUUGGUAAAGGCGUGGCGCUCCUAUAUUCCGAUUCCCAUCAUGUUUUACUAUGUUUUUCCAUCCAGAUGUUCAGCCAAUGAGCGGUCCUGCUGUGUUUUCCAGUGAAGGCAGGAGGAGGCGGAGGGAGGAAUGCUGCAGGAUGCUUAUUAUUAUGGCUGUCAAACCCAGUGGCGAUUAGACAAAGCGGUCCUGUUUAAUGUAAAGAUUCGGGGAGAUGAUUUGCACCAUGUCCGCCGCAGCUGUCGCGGUAUGGCUUGGUACGGUAGUUUGCACUGUGCAUGCCUAUGACACGAAACACAGCGCUUUACACGGGAGAAAUGUCCGUGUGGAGCAAUCCGUGGCCUUGAAGCACAGAGCAGCCGUGUCCAGAGACGUGGUCACCAUCCUGUCGAGGUCACACGCAGACCGUAAUGUCUACCCGUCUGCAGGCGUGUUGUUCGUCCACGUUCUGGAGAGGGAGUAUUUCAAAGGAGAGUUUCCUCCUUACCCAAAAUCAGGUGACCCCAGCAACGAUCCGAUCACUUUCAACACCAACCUGAAGGGCUACCCCGACAGGCCGGGCUGGCUGCGAUAUAUCCAAAGGACCCCACAUAGUGACGGAGUGCUCUACGGUUCUCCCACUGCAGAGCACAUUGGCAAGCCCACUGUCAUAGAGAUUACUGCCUAUAACAGGCGCACUUUCGAGACAGCGCGGCACAACUUGGUCAUAAACAUCAAGGCUGCAGAAGAGUUCCCCCUACCUUACCAAGCAGAGUUCUACAUCAAAAAUAUGAAUGUGGAGGAGAUGCUGGCCAGUGAGGUGCUGGGAGACUUCCUGGGAGCGGUGAAGAACGUUUGGCAGCCCGAGCGGCUGAAUGCCAUCAACAUUACCUCGGCACUGGACCGCGGUGGCCGGGUGCCGCUACCUAUUAACAACUUAAAAGAAGGCGUCUAUGUGAUGGUCGGUGCUGAUGUUCCCUUCUCAUCGUGCCUGCGGGAGGUGGAAAGCCCACAUAACCAGCUGCGCUGCAGUCAGGAAAUGGAGCCCGUCAUCAGCUGUGACAAGAAGUUCCGAGCUCAGUUUCACAUCGACUGGUGUAAGAUUUCUCUGGUUGACAUCAACAAAGUAGUCCCAGUUUACGUUACACGUCCCGAACCCGGAACGGGGAUCCUGCCCGAAUUCGGGGAGUACAAACCCCCAUCCGAGUCUCUGAAAAGUCGGGACUACUUUUCCGACUUCCUCGUCACGCUGGCUGUUCCCUCCGCCGUGGCGCUAGUUCUCUUCUUCAUCCUCGGCUACACUAUGUGCUGCAGGCGGGAAGGGGUGGAAAAAAGAAACAUGCAAACACCAGACAUCCAGCUGGUUCACCACAGCUCCAUCCAGAAGUCCACCAAGGAGCUGAGGAGCAUGUCAAAGAACCGAGAGAUCUCCUGGCCGCUCUCUACGCUGCCCGUCUUCAACCCAGUCAGCGGCGAGGUGGUUCCACCCAUCCACCCCGACAACUACGAGACCACCAGCAUGCCGCUGAUGCAGACACAGGCGAAUCUGCAAAACCAGAUUACGAUACCACAGCAGCGGCCAUCAGGAGAUAACUAUGUCAUGUCAACAUUUCGAAGGCUGGAGGUAAAUGGUAUUCCUGAGGAGAGAAAGGUGGCUGAAGCUCUGAAUUUAUGACCAGAAGCACCAGUGUUGCAGCUGCCCCUCUUCCUUUGUCCUAAAAUUUGUGCCAACCUGCAUGUGUUAGCAGUGAAAAUUUUAUCGUCCACUUGCGCACUUGCACCUUGACUAGUGAGUGUGAAAAAGAUCCGAAGAGCUUAGCUGAUUAUAAAGAUAACUUAGAAUAUUUUGGAAUAUCCGUUUAAAAGUUUAAAGUGUGAUUAAUAUGUUUGUAUGUCAUACUGCUUUGCCCAGCGGACCUCUCGGGGCACAAGGGUGUUUUAUAUUGAAAUGCUUUCGUCGCCAUGUGUUAUAACAUUUGUUCAAUGUGUCACAUGAUAAUAAACUCUUUCAAAAUAA